AAAACUGCUGGCCAGCUGUCACGGCGCGCGAAAGAUCAAAUUUUUCUCUCACAGUGAGUGUGUGCGGAACAGGCGGGAGGACGAGAGGCAACCGAGAAAGUCGCUAAAUAUUAACGCAACUUAAAUGACCGACUUAGCCGUCGUCGUGUAUAUUAUACGUGUACAUGUCGUGGCUGCCACUAUUUGGCAAGGGGUUUUAAUCUACCUUGGUUUUUGCUACGAAGCGUCGAGUGCGACUCGAACAACGAGAUGAGCCUGAUCCUUUCGCAACAACAGACGGAAGGUCUCGCGGCUGUGACUCGCGCAACCACCGAGAGCGAUUCAGACAGCGGAAUGGGCUCUCCAGUAGAGCAGAUGGUGGCCUACAAUCGGGAUGAGCAUCCAGAUUCUGACGAGGAUGAAGACAUCACUGCUCGAAGAAAGCCUCGUCGUAAUGCCAUCAGAGACAGCGAAAGUGAGGAGGAGGAGGCGGCGACUGUGCAAAUGGCAGAAGCGCUGGUUUUAUCUGCCUCCAGUGGAGAGGAGAUGACGACUGGAGAGCCGGACGAGAAACGAGAGAACAGGGUGAAAAAGAGCAAGAGAAUAAUCCGUGCUCUUUCUGAUGGCGAAGACAGUGGAUCUGACCAAGAUGAGAAGGAGGAGGAGCAACAGGACACUGGCAGAGUAGAAAAGAAGGGGUCGAAAAAGAGCAGGAGAAUAAUCUGUGCUCCUUCUGGUGGUAAAGACAGCGGAUCUGAGCAAGAUGUUGAAGAGGAGGAGGACGAGCAACAGGACACAGGCAGAGUUGAAAAGAAGGAGUCGAAAAAGAGCAAGAGAAUAUUCCGUGCUCCUUCUGGUGGCGAAGGCAGCGGAUCUGAGCAAGAGGAGCAGCAGGACACAGGCAGAGUUGAGAAAAAGAGGGAGAAAAGCAAGAGGCACAGAGAGAAAAAGGAGAAGCGUAGCAAAGCCAUGGAAAAACUGAAGAAGAAAGACAGGUUUUCUGACUUGGAUGAGGGUACGCCUCUUCCCAGCGCUCUGAACGACAGCGGCUGCCUCCUGGGUAACACUGAUCUGUUUGACACUGGUUUGGACGAGGAGCUAGAAGAAGAAGAGUCAUUAGACUCUAUUCGAGCAGCCGUCAAACAAAAGAUGAAAAAGCACAAGGAGCCUUUCCUAGAUGAAGAAGAGGUUGAAGAUGAAGUCCAAAAGCCCCAACGUGCAGAGAGAAAAGCUGCACGUGCAAGUAAGGAGGCGAUGAGGCAGCUCCACAGUGACUCGCAGAGGCUGGUCAGAGAGUCGGAGCUUGGCCUGCCUUACCACGUCCCUGAGCCAAAGACCAUCAGUCAGUUCUUUAAGAAGAGAGCCAGGCCGGAGGGACCUACCAUGGCACUGUUAAAAUCGAGACAAUAUUCAGCAGUGAUGUUGGAGAAACCACCACCACCACCACCACCUCCUGCCAACCCCACCAGUGAAGCCCAGCACUUGCCAGCAGAGCCGGACUCUGCUCCCCCUGUACACGUCACAUCCUCUCAUCUUCAGUCCUUCCCUCAGCCUGCCGCAACCUCUUCUCCGCAACAGGAGAGCCUGAGCCAGGCCAGAAACGCAGCUGAGACUUUACAAACGGAACAGGAAUUGGCUCCAAUGCUUUAUCUCUCAGAGAGCUUGCAGGAGUCCAUCACAACCGAUUCCGCCGGGAAACCUACAUUUGGAGAAGAGGCUCCCGCUGUUGUCGUUUCAGAACAAACUGACAUGCUUUCUAAUGCCCGGCAAGAAGAGGUCAGACCUGCGAGUUUGGUUAUGCCUCAAGCCGACUCUAAUACUGACCUAGUGUCAGCUGAGCCCUUGGAGAUGCCGUCCACCAAGCCCAAAAAGGACAAACUAACGAGACUGAAGGAGCUUGGCCUGGACCCGCCACCUGUUGCUAAGUUGUGCGCUAAUGCUGGAGAUUUUGUGCAACUUGAACCCGCACCACUCAACCCAGGUGUCGCGGCUCUGAAGGAGCGAUACCUUCGACACGUCCAGCCUCCGGCUCGUCCUCAAGGGGAGCGUACGAUGCAGCUCAACAUUGUCCGUAAAGACACCUUGCCAUCUGGAAAGGAGGAGUUGCACGCCGAUUCUGUCACCGUCACUAUUAAAGAAGGACAAGAGGAGCCUGCAGUGACCAAACCUGGUGAGAAACUGCUGACCCUGAAGCAGCGACUGCUGCUAGCCAUGGCCCAACGGAGACAGGAAGAGCGGACGCGCAAGGCAGAGCUGAAUCGCCUUGAUAAUGAAGACUGUAAAGAGGAAGAGGAGGAGGCAGAAAUGACGGAUGACUCUGAGGCGGAAGAGGGUGUGGAUGACUUGUUGGGAGGAAAUGAGGAGGAGGAGGAGGAAGGCAGUAUAGUCCAGAGUAUCAGGAGUCUUUCUCCUGUGGCACUUCAUGGCCCACCAGUAACUCCAGACCUGAUGAACACUGAGGGAACACUCAUAUUGUUUCCAGGCAACUCCUGCUCUCGCACUGGGGAUAGCGGAAGGAGAUCUUGUCCUCCUGGACAAGACGGUGCUAGUAAGAUGGAAGAAGAUGACUCUAUGUCCCUGAUGAAGGACAUCAGCAACAACAGCAGCUUUGAGAUGGCCGGAUCCAUGAUUACUUCCUACCAACCUGUCAGCUAUCAGCGCACAGGGAGAGGCGUUUCCAACACCCAACCCAUGUUUCGCUCCCCUUCUCCCUGCCUCUUCAGGCCCAGCUUCCUUGGCUCUGCUUCCAAGAGCUCUGGUAAACUCUCUGAGCCAUCGCUGUGCCUCCCGGUUGAGGACUCCCAAGACUUGUACGCACCUCCCUCACCAGGUGUGGACUCCGAGCCCAUGGGUGCAGUGGCUGCUGGGCCCAGCCUGGUCGGAGACUCCCAAGGUCGCUUCUCACUGGAGGACGACGCUCAUUCCCAAUUACUCGACGCGGACGGCUUCCUGAAUGUUGGCCUUCGGCCUGGUGCGCCAGCCCUCUCCCACAAGAGACAGCUGAUCUUGGGCAGCCUGGACGAAAAUGCCAUGGAUGCCAACAUGGGGGAGCUUUUAGGUCUGUGCUCCGGUGUUUUUAGAACGGCGGAGAGCAGCAAUAGUGGCCAAGCGGCACCAAGCCCCAGGGAAACGCAGACGGAGGAACUUCUGGCACUGUGCUCAGGAGCAUUUCCAUCAACACAGAAGCAAGAGAAGUCACAGGCUGGAAAGAGCAAGGAGGAAGAACACGAGGAAGACAACACCAUGGAUCAGCUGCUAGGGCUGUGCUCUGGCAAAUUUCCCAUCUCAGGUUCUCUUCACUCAGGUUCACCAGCACAAGACCGUAAAAAGACACCAGAGGAGGAUGAGGAGGAGGAGGAAGAAGAAGAAGACUGUGAGUUCCGGCUUCUGUCAGAUGUGGAAGACGAUGAUGAAGUCAGUGAAGGCGAGGGAGUAGAAGAUGAUGAUGAUGAUGAUGAAAAAGAAGAGAACAACGAGGUAGAAGAGGAGGAGAUGAAUGGAGUGUUUGCACCUAGUAAUAAGAAGGUGAAAAAGAAGAAAAUGCGCUUGACCAACUUCGUGGACUCUGAGGCCGAGCUGUCGGGCAGCGAAGAAGCCAGUGACGACGAAGACGACGACGGAGGGAGCGAGUACGAGGAAGAGGAGCUUCUGGAGGAGCUACCCUCUGAUGAAGAGCUGCAGGACCAGGUCAACAAGAUCCACAUGAAGCAGAUAAUGGAUGAUGACAAACGACGUCUGAGGCUGUACCAGGAGCGCUACCUGGCGGAUGGCGAUUUGCACUCUGAUGGCCCUGGACGAGCUCGUCAUUUCCGCUGGAAAAACAUGGAUGACGGCUUCUACACAGACCGAACCGGAGCUGAGGGUGAGGAGGAUGAGCAGGAGGAGGACGAAGACGUCGAUCAGAAUGAAAUCCGGAGGAGGAAGGAGAGGUUGGAAAGAGAACAAUGGCUCCGAGAACAGUCCCAACAGAAAGCCAAUAAAGGUGCCGCUCUGGACUUGGAUGAGGAUGACGAGAAGAUCGGAGAGGAAGAUAGCCGUUUCAUGAGGUUGGCCAAGAAGCUGACUGCCAAGACGCUGCAGAAGAAAGAGCUUCCUGUGGCAGCACCACCAACACAAAAGACAUCAUCCCUCAAUCCCUUUCUCAGACCCUCGCAGCCCUCACAGGUGAAGAGAGGUUCCCUAUUGAGUCAGCCUCCGUCUGUCCUGCAGAAGUUAGCCUCCAUAUCCGAGGGAAAUCCACUGGCACCCCGAAACAGUCGCGGAUUUCUCUUCCAGACGUUGUCGCCGGAGAAGGACGGCUCCACUUCAGACGGUCCUCAGAAUCAUACAAUGAAGAAGAGAAGAAACACGGCUGCGAUGAACCCAGCAGCAAAAAGGGUCUGCAGACUGGACACGUCUGUUGAACAUACAAAAGGCCCCCAGAGAAGUAUUUUUAACUUUUUGGACCACUAAAAGACACAACUCAGGCCAGUUAUUCCUUCUCGGUAUUCAUUUUUUUUAUUUUUUUUUAUUAAAGGCUUGUCCAUUGAUAAAAUGUUAUUAUGUAAAUAGGAAUGAUUUUGGUUUUGGUUUUUAAACAAAAAUUGUCAGGAUUUUGUAUAAUGUAUUUGUUUUACAUGUAAAUAAAAGUCUAU